CCACUCACUACUAUGCGUCUGUUGACGUUCUUGCUGCUACUCUUUGCUGUCGUGUUUGUCGCUGCGCAGGACGCGGCCCCGGCCAAAGUGCCGGGUGUUUCCCGAAGACUGCCUGGGGCAUUGUCGAGAAGUCGUACGAGGGGGGAGGCUGUGGGGGGCGAGGAGGUUGAGGGGGUCGAGGAGGUCGAGGAGGUUGAGCUAGAACCAGCAGACAACACCGACGGCGUCCCCGCCGACGCCCUCGCCGACGACCCAUCCCCACCACCACCACCCCACGAGCCCCGCCGCGUGCACGAGCCCUCGUUUGACUGGAGCCCGAGCGUGCUCCCGGUCACGGGUGAAGGCGUCAUGGCCGUCGUGUUUGCGGGCGUGCUCCUCUCGGCAGCAUACUUUGGGCUUUAGGCACCAGGACACAGCGCCGACCGGCCGCCGGCGCGGGCCGCAGCGGCGGCGGCAUCAACAACCAAGUAUAAUCACCAGGCACGGCGUGCUCGGCAUGCACGACACAAUGUAACUCUUGCAUCGGCGUAUCAACUACUUCAUGUCUCGUGUGUCGCGUAUCCUGUCGUCUGUCGUGUCAUGGGGGGAUGGCUCGAGGCCUGGUGCUGCUUGCAAUCAACCUGCACCAGUCAGCAUCACGUCCACCCCACUUCCCACUCACCGCGGUGCUCGACCGUGCGCUGGUACUCGUCAACCGAGCGGAGGUAGGCCUCGGUCUCGCGCUGGUGGGCAUCAAGCUGGCGCUGGUGCUCCUCGAGGCCGCGCUCAUAGUCGGUCUUGUUGUUGUCGUUGUUGUCGCGCUCGCGGUCGUUCUUCUCGCGGUCGCGCUCGGCCUGCUCGCGGUUGCGCUCGGCGUCCUCACGCUGGCCCUCGGCCUCGUCGCGCUGGCGGUCGUCCGCCUGGCGCUGCUCCUCGUCACGCUCCUUCUUCUCGUGCUCGUUGUAGGCGUAGACGCCGCCCGCAGCGGCCGCAGUGGCCGCAACGCCGCCGACAACCGCCGCAAUCUUGCCGUUCGACCAGCCGCCGUUCUCGCCCUGGGCGUCGACAGGAGGCUGCGUGUCUGCCAGAAGUCAGCACUGUUUAACACCCCCCACGUCCCCCUACUCACUCUCGCCGUCCUCGGCCUUCUUGUGCUGGUUGUAGGCGUACGGGCCACCGGCGGCAGCAGCGACAGCUGCGACACCGCCAGCGACCGCAACACCCGUCAUGUGGUCCUGGACAAACUCCUUGACGUCGCCGCCAAAGUCCUUGGCCUUGUCGCCAAAGCUCUCGUACGUGCCGGCGGCCUGCUCCUCGGCCUUGUUCUUCUCGUGCUGGUUGUAGGCGUAGACACCGCCGGCGGUCACGGCCGCGGCUGCAGCGAUACCGCCGGCGACCUGGAGGCCGGUCUUGUGCUCCUGGGCAAACGACUUGGCCUCGUUGCCGAGGAGGGAGAACUCGGCACCGAGCUUGUCGCCAAAGGACUGCUUGUUGUCGGCAGGGAAGGCCUCCUGCUGCUGCUGCUGCUCCUGGUUCUCGUGCUCCUUGUGCUUGUUGUACGCGUAGGCGCCGCCACCGACGAGGGCCGCGGCAGCGGCGAGGCCACCGGCGAUCUCGAGGCCCUUGUGCUCCUGGACGAACGACUUGGACUCGUUUCCGAGCUCGCGGCGCUCGCGCUCCUCGGAGAGGGCGACGUUCUCAACGCCCUGAGUGAUCUGGUCGAGGAUGCCCAUUGUGUGUGGAGGUGGGUG